AUGGAUGUUGCCAAGCUCCUCACGGUGCUCGUGGUGCUGUGCCUUGAGGGAGGCGAGACAGGAGGCGGAGGAAAACACCAUGACCACGUGCGAUUGCACAUUCCGGAGUUCAUUCAUCAUGAUCAUCACAAGAAAGUAAUUACGAUACACCAUCAUCAUCAUAAGCCAAAGAAAGAGCAUCAUCAUCAUCACCAUCACCACCAUAAGCCACAGAUCCCUCAUGGGCAUCAUUACCAUCAUCAUCAUAAGAAAGUUCAUACAAAGACGCAUACUGAGACGAAGGGCAAACAUCACGGACAUCACGGGCACCACCAUGGUCAUCACGGACAUCAUGGACAUCACGGUCAUCACGGACAUCAUGGUCAUCACGGUCAUCACGGCCACCAUGGUCACGGACACCACCAUGACGCGCCAGUCGUGCCAAGCUUUUCUUACACUCCCAGUGCUAUUCCUUCAUACGAGGAGGACUACUCGCAGUCAUACUCCCCCUCCGUACCAGCUUAUGGUGGCAUCCCAACCACUGGCUUCUCCGCUGCUCAGAGCCCUCGAGUGCAUGGAGUAACCCACACAGUAAAACAAGUAAAGGUAUUUGAUUCUCUACCUGGCGCAUUACCUAACGCUGGUGGCGGUGGACAUGGCUACGAGGUGACAGAGGAAGGCGAGGAGGAUGACGAUGUGUUUACAACCGUUAACCAGCUACAAAACCGAUUCCCGGCAACAUUUGGCUAUGUUCGUAGUGCUGCUGCUGAGCCGACAAACGAUCCUUAUUCUGAACUAACUUCACAUAGCGCGAUUCCCACGCAAUUUGCGGCAGCUCCAGUGCCCACCACAGCACUUUCUGAUGGAAUUGAAACAUUCACUGGAUCUGUGCAGAGUGAUCCUUUCGCGUCUUCUGCCCCAACACAGGGCAUAGGCUUACCCAGCGUCCAGCCUUCAGUUGACUACCCCGUAACUUUCCAAGCUGAGGGUUUCGAUGGUCAACUGAACUCGUUUACCGGCUCUGACGGUAAAGACGGAUCCUUCAUAUCUCAUGAGGAGAACAAUUUGUCUGAUGAAACACCCGUGUCAUUCACAAGGGAGGCCGGUAUACAACAAACAACGAAUACUGGCAAUGUUGAGACCCUUGUUUAUUAG